CGAAAGUCUGUGGCUGGGUGGAGAGAGAGAGAGAAUGGAACGAGCUGCUGUGAGCCAGGAGCCGUGGUAGUGUUUGUGUUAUUCAAACGCCACUACGAUAAGUACAUCGCCCUGGAGGCUAAAUACGCGGAAGCUGAACGAGACGAAUUAGAGGAAACUCGACGAGCGUUGGAGAAGAGGCUAGAAGGUUGCGAAGCAGAGCUUCGCGGCAAGGAGGAUGAGCUGUUUCUGCAACUGGAACGAAGCCUUCGUUUGGAGGAGGAGGUGGAAAGGGCUAAAAACGAAUUAGACAGCUGCAUAGCUGCCAGGAAUCGCCUGGACAGGCAACACGAGGUUGCAUUACGAUUGCUACAGAUGCAACUGGCGCAAAACGAGAAGACAAGGCAGACUCUUGAACGUGCUCGCCAGGACGUCGUCAGGCAGGCUACUGUUAUUCGUGCCGAGAGAGAUGCUCUUGAGAGAGAGAACGAAGUUCUAAAGGAGAAGUUACGCGUAGAACAAGGAGAAUUAGGCGAAGAAAGACGUAGACGAGAGGAAGGUGUCGCUGCAUUGACCAGAGAGACGAUCACACUGAGACAUGCAGCGAGGCAUCUUCGUGCAGCGACUCUUCACGCCACGUCUUGCCGUCGUCGUCGACGAUGUAGCGUCUGCUUGUACGCGAGACGUACUUUCGCUGAGAUCGACGAUUAUCGUGACGAUGGAAAUGUUUUCAAGUGCCUUCAAGCGCCGUUGCAGGAUCUACGAACCUGGCUGCGACCUAGCACAACGUCCGCGGCGCCACCAACGCGCGGACAAAGGACCAAUUCACCGUUGGCCGAUCGAGAAAUAAGCUUCAUCGACGAUUCUAGCGUUGACAGUAGUGCCGGCGGAAGUAACGUUAGCAGCAGCAGUACCACAAGUAGUAAUAGCGCGUCAGACGACGAAGCAUAUCCGAGUACUCCUGUUGCUGAGAUAUCACUUUCGUCGGCCAAUUCGAACGCUCCAGCAACAACUAGAGCCUUCUCAUCCGAUUCAGGGUUUUCUUCGGAAAUCGGAGAUCGAAGAUCACGAUGUUAUGAAAAUGGGGGUAGUAGCACCAGCAGCAGCAGUGGUAAGAGCAGGAAGAUCAGCGAGUCACUUAGUUGCAGCGAACCGGACGAGCAAAGCACGACAGGAUUCACUCGAUCAAGAUGGACCUCCUCGUUUCGCAAGUUACUCGGACGAAAACCGAAGACCAAGUCCACGCCGGAUCGUUCCUCGUGAAGAAGUCAAGACUGAAAAGAAAAAGCACACGUAGUGAGCAAAAUCACCGUGAAAAAAGAAGAAAAAAGAAAACGAAAAAAAAAAAAGAAAAAUUUAUUUAGUGCUCCCGCCCUUUUUCGGCUGCGUCGUUGAUCUAUCGAAUUUAUUCCCUUUGAUCGGUAUAUAAAACAUUCCAAACGAAUCCGUUGACAGAUAGAAAAUCGAUUCGAUACU